AUGGACACGGCUGCAGUGGUCACAGUCCUGGUUCUGACCGUGGCCGGACUCUCUCACACUCUCCACAUCGUGCCCAGCGCCUCACAGGAGACCAGCAACCGCCUCCUGGACAGCAGCCUGGACUCGGAGGAGCUGACUCUGGCUUUGAAGACUCUGUUGUUUGGAUCCGAGCGAGAAACAAGGAACUCAGUGCUGCACCAGCCACAGAGGUUUGGCCGUAACUCCAGGGGCCCCCUGGUGUCUGAGGGGCCCAUGGUGCCCCAGGAGGUGGCCCCGGGGCAGGUCUGGAGCUUAGCGGUGCCUCAAAGGUUUGGAAAGAAAUGA